AUGUCCCUCAGCGCGUCCCGCCUACGGUUGAGUCGGCUCGCCCUCUCCAACCCUCACCAUCUACCCUCUGUUUACAUCGCUGGUAUCCCUUCAUCUACUAGGGCCAUCACAUCCACCGCCCAACAAUGUUCUCUUCCCCCAGAGUCGCCUGCCUACAUUCCCGUACCCGUCCCUCCUCUCUCCGAUGAGACGAAACCCACCCGUGUCCGGGGCAGCCUCCCUGUGCCGCGCAAAGUCUUCCCUCAGCCGAGCGACUCCCGCAAGCUUGAUCCGUCUUACCUCGCCGAAACGUACCCUCGCUCCGAAAAGCCGCAGCCGCCAGCGACCCUAAUCGAAGAUCACCCUCAGCAUUGGAAGCGCAUAAUGGCCGACUCUCGUCGCAAGAAUCUCCGUGCUGGCCUUCAGGGCCUCUGGAGACGCAAGCUCAAGCGUGAUGAGAGAGAUGCCUCGCUCGGUGCGGACAAGCACAAGGCUCACAUGGCGGCUGGUCUUGCAGCCGAGCGAACCGAUGAGUUCCUCACUCUCUCCACCAUACUCCAGGAAACCUUGAACACCGAAGUACUUCCAGACCCCGAUCGUUUCCAAAAGGCUGAGGUCAGCAGGAAAAGAACGCUCGAACUCGAAGAGGAGAGGCGCGAUGCCCGCCUUCACUCACUCAUGGAGCUCUAUGUUAACGCCAAUCACUUCAUUGUGGAUGAGAAAGACCUCGAGGUUGAAGUUGACCACCUCUUUUCCGAAAACUACUGGAGAGCACCCUCCAAAAACAGCGCGUGGCAGGAAUGGGGUUCGCAGUCUGGAGUCAAUGACAUGGUUGGUCAAACUGUACGCGAGUCUGCCCCGACUCUAGAUAACUACACAGCUGGCUAUACCAGGAAUAUGAAGAGACAGAAAAAGGUUGCGGAAGAGCUCACGGGAGGAAAGAUGGAGUAA